GACUUCAAUUUUUCAAACUAAAUGCUCACUUUUUAAGAUUAUGCGUGGACAAAAUCGGCGAGGCUAUCGGAAUAUCGAAGGACGGCUCAGCCUUUCAUCCCAUUCAUCGCAUUCUUCACCACGCCAGACACAUGUCACAAACUUGAGGCCAGCUGAAAUCAAGGUUGUCCAAGAUGUCGUGGAUGGGUGUUAUGUUGCGACUGACGAUGUUCUUAACCUGUCGAACUUUUCAAAAAACACAGAAUUUGUCGAAAGGGACAUGUUGAUGUGCCUCACGAAGACAAGAGUGAUGUCGGUAGUUCUACAGCAUAUUGGGUACAAAUAUCCUCGCAUUUCCGGAAUCUCAUUCUCGAAUAAUCGGCUCUGUCACUUGGACCAUCUCUCCUCUCUCUCGAGCAUAUCCAAGUUUCUAAAAUUCCUCGACUUGAGUCAUAAUCAGAUUUCGUCAGGAGAAGAAUUGAAGAAGUUAGGAACGAUUCCAGUAGAAACUGUGUUUUUCGAGGGAAAUCCAGUCUGCGAGAAGUUUGUGCAAUGUGCCGAGUAUGCCAACUUUAUUCAAAAGACAUUCCCAAAAUGUUCAAAUUUGGAUGGAAUGGAAGUCGAACCAAAACCAGAUCACAAUAGAAUCGAGCAGAUAAUUCCAUUCAGGAAUGGAUACUAUGGCAGUGAUGAAGUUCGUACUCUUGUCGAAGAAUUUAUCAUCACAUAUUACAAAAUCUACGAUGGCGCAGAUGGACAGCAGACAAGGAAGCAACUUCUGGAUGCGUACGACACAAAUAACUCAACAUUCACGCAUACAGUUGUCUGCUUGUGGGACCCAAUUAAAUUUGUCAUGUAUCCGGACAGUGAGAGCUAUCGAAUGUACCUGAGAACUUCGCACAAUGUUCUGAAUCAGGAAUAUUUUGCCGCAAAUCGGGCCUCCAGAAUAUCACACGGUGCAAUGGAUAUCGUAGUUGCACUUUCGAGACUUCCUGCCACAAUUCAUCUGAUGGAUACAUUCGUAGUUGACGUGUUCCUUGUUUCGGCAACACUUCUCGGAUUCACAUUACAUGGAACAUUUCGUGACGGACCAUCUGCGAUAAAGCCCGAGAACACUGAGGAACAUGAUAAUUAUUUUACGAGAACAUUCAUGGUUGCUCCAAGAGGCGAAGGAAAAGUCGCCAUUGUUUCCGAUCAGCUGUUCAUUAGCUCGAUGUCAAAAAGACGCGGCGAUCAGUACCGCAUGCUAGUGGAGACAGCAACGGACAUUGACCAGUGAAAAUUAUAUAUUUUCAUACAUUUAAACGGCAUCCUAUUUGUAUUUUUAUGUCUAGUUUCGGAUCAUAUCUUGUUACCAACACCUAGCAUGUUUUUUUUUGUCUCAACAUUUUACAGUUAUUUGUUAAUCUUCAUUUUUAAAAAUUAUUUGUAUGGAACAAUGUCUAAUCGGUCUUUGUAGCUAUCAAUUUUCAAAUUGACCUGAUCAAAAGUGGCAGCACCAA